GUAAGAUAUGUACGGAUCAUCCUUUGACUAAAUAAUAGAGACGCCGUUGUAUUUUUGAGGUUUGUAGUUUAUUUUGGUGUUCAAAAGAUAAACUGAAACUAGUAAUUGUAAAUUUUUCAUAUGAAUGGACCAUUUAAUAAAGGAUUGACAAUUUAAGGCAAAGAUUAUGCGCAUUUUUAAUUUUUAAGGGCAUAAAAGAGUACGUUGGAUGAAUUGAUUACACAUGCAUAUUCGUUAGCUGCUAGUUAAAGGCUAAUUAUAACUAAUGUUGAUGAAACAAAAUUUUAUAACUGAAUUUGUUCAUUAUUCCUUUUCAGUAUUCCCUUAGAAUUUUCUCAGGGUUCCUGACCAUGGACCCCCCUUGCAGUGCUCAGGAGGUGUUAAAGUGUCAUCUCUGUGAGACCCCGGGCCCCCCUAUGUACUGCGACAUUUGUCAAAUACAUCUGUGUAAAGCCUGUGUGGGGGAACAUCUCUCUGAUGAAUCCAAAAAACACAGAGUUGUUCCAUUUAAGAAACGGGGGCUUAAUCCUAAGUGUUCAAAACAUUCCACACAUUUGUGUGAACUUUAUUGUGAACAAUGUGACGUUCCUAUUUGUGUGGAGUGCGUCUCCUCUAGUGAACAUGUAGGACACAAACAAAUUGGCAUUUUAAAUAUUUUAGAAAAGAAAAAAGGAGAAUUACAAAGAGAGCUACAAGAUUUAGAGAAAACCGUUUAUCCUCAAUACCAAGAGAUUGCAUCAACCAUUCCAAAGCUAAAAGCUGAUGUAAAUGAAAACUCUCAGAAAUUGACAGCAGCUAUCAACACACAUGGAGAAGACUUGCAUAGAGAAAUAGACACCAUAAUCCAGGAGCUAAAAUCAGAUCUUGAUGAAAUGGAAUCCAAACACCUGGCUGUCCUAAAUAAGCAAGAAGAUGAAAUCACACGCACCAUUUCUGAUAUCACACAGAGAAUUGCUGAUCUAAAGAAGUUACUGGACUCCAAUGAUGUCAGCGUUGUCUCUACCUACAAAUCCAAUAUUGCUGAAUUCAGAAGAUUGCCUCCUAAACUCACAGUGUCCUUACCAAGUUUUACCCCUCAGAAGAUCAACAAGGAGCAGUUUUUUCAACACUUUGGUUUUCUGUCAGCAUUAUCCAUUAAAACAGAAGAACAAGUCUACACCAUGGAUUCCCCCGGUGAUGAGUCCUCUCCCCCGGACAGACCGAUCAUUGAUGUACCACGUAUCAUCACAGAGAUAAACACUGAGUAUGGACGCUCUAAUGGAUUGCUUGGUGUGUCCUGUCUGAGAGAUGAAGAACUGUGGACGCGUGGUGAUGACGAAACGAUGAGACUCUAUAACCUGCAGGGUGAACCAGUGAAGUCAGUCCAAACAAAGUCAGGGAGACCGCCAUACGACAUAGAAGUGACAAGGAGUGGGGAUCUUGUUUAUACUGAUGACGAAGAUAGAACAGUGAACAUAGUGAUGAAUACACAGAUACAGACAACGAUCAGACUACAGGGGUGGAUACCUCAUGGUGUGUGUAGUACCUUCUCUGGUGACCUCUUGGUUGUCAUGGACAGUGAUGAUUAUAAACAAGCAAAAGUUUUGCGUUAUGCAGGCUCCACAGAGAAACAAAUUAUUCAGUUUAAUGAAAAAGGACAACCUCUCUAUUCAUCUGGUGGUUACACUAAAUACAUAAGUGAAAACAAGAACCUAGAUAUCUGCGUGUCAGACUAUGGAGCCCGUGCAGUAGUGGUGGUCAAUCAGGCCGGGAAACUCCGGUUUACCUACACUGGGCCUCCCUCUACCACCAAGGGAUUAUUCACGAAACUCUGGCGUUCUUACUCUGGUCCUACCUCUAAUAACAUGGGACAAUUUCGACCAGCCGGCAUCGCUACAGACAGCCAGGGACGGAUCCUGAUAGCAGACAUAAACAACCGCUGUAUUCACAUCCUGGAUCAGAACGGACCGUUCCUCCGCUUCAUUGACAACUGUCAUUUACAGUAUCUAUGGGAUUUGUGUGUGGACACAGGAGACAACCUCUUUGUUGCUGAGGCUACAGGUAAAGUGAAGAGAAUCCAGUAUACGACGUGAACAAUGUCGAAAUGUAAUCGUUGUGAUUAUAAUGUACUAGUAUAUUAUAUUUAAAGGAAAUGUAUAUUUAUAUGUAAUGUUAUAUCAUUGCAGUCAAAUUGUGAAUUCAUCAUUUAAUUGUUAACAAAGUGUAUAUGAAAUAUUUAUAUUCGGUAUAACUCACAUAUAAUUUCAUGCGCCUUACGAUUAGAUCUGUAACGCUGUUAUUGGAAUAAGCUUUUAUUUCAAUCAAGGGUUUUGACGGAAUAUGAUUUCAAUCAUAGUUAUGACUUUUGUGUUAUUCAUGUAAAAAAUAGCUGUUUAGUCUUUUUUUAAAACAAAAUUUAAUAAAAUUUAAUAAAAUUGAGAUGUCAACUGUCGCAAAAUUAUAGUACACCUUUUUUGCAUUAUGUUUAUCCCUGUUAUUAAAAAGUGC